ACCAUCAUUGCCGGCUCAAGCUUACUCUUCGGUGGGCGCGAAGCUGCCUGCACUGCAGGCUUCCAGCCGAGCGAUGGCCCGCCCUGUGCUCGCCGUCGUCGCCCUCCUGCUUGCGGGUCAGAGCUGCGCCGCCGUGGAGGACACGACCACCGUCGGGGAGGAGCGGCGCCUGGAGACCACCGAAGCGCCGACCAGCACGGAGCCCGUGUCCGCGGCGCCCCCACGGAGCCCGUGUCCGCGGCGCCCCGCACGGGCGGCCUGCGGCCAGUGUUCUUCGCGCUCCUCGCGCUCGUGCUCGCAGGGAACGGCUGCGCCGCCGUGGAGGACACGACCACCGUCGGGGAGGAGCGGCGCCUGGAGACCACCGAAGCGCCGACCAGCACGGAGCCCGUGUCCGCGGCGCCCCGUACGCGCGGCCUGCGGCCGGUGUUCUGUGCGCUCCUCGCGCUCGUGCUCGCAGGGAACGGCUGCGCCGCCGUGGAGGACACGACCACCGUCGGGGAGGAGCGGCGCCUGGAGACCACCGAAGCGCCGACCAGCACGGAGCCCGUGUCCGCGGCGCCCCGUACGCGCGGCUUGGGCCCGAUGAUCGUCGUCGGCGCUGCACUGGGCCUUGGUGCCAGGCGCUGA